AUGAGCGGCAAGGGCGUGCAGAAGCAGCGGCAGAAGCGCAAGUCGCUGGCCGAGGACUAUGGCGGCUCCGUGGGCGAGGACCUGCUCGAGUACAUGGAGAGCGAGGAGGCCCCGGGCGGCGUGCAGCAGUCGGUGGACAGCGUGGGCGCCUCCAGCAACUUGUCGCGCCGCAUCCAGAACCGCCUGCAGAAGCUGAACGAGGUGGCGCAGUCCGCGGGCGGGGACGGAGACGCCUCUGGCUACUACGACUUCUCCACGCUCGACAUGAAGCCCGACCACGAGGCGCGGCCCGUGUGGGUCUGCCCCAACGGCCGCAUCUUCCUCGAGGCCUUCUCGCCCAUCUACAAGCAGGCCUACGACUUCCUCGUGGCCAUCUCGGAGCCCGUGUCCCGCCCCGAGUUCCUGCACGAGUACAAGCUCACCCCGUACUCGCUCUACGCCGCCGUGUCCGUGGCCAUCGAGACCGAGAGCAUCCUCAAGGUGCUGGAGCGCCUCUCCAAGAACCGCCUGCCCGCGGGCAUCGUGGCCUUCAUCAAGGACUGCACGCUCAGCUACGGCAAGGCCAAGCUGGUGCUGCACCACAACGAGUUCUACGUCGAGAGCCUGUACCCCGAGGUGCUGCGGAAGCUGCUCGAGCACGAGCACAUCCGCGCGGCUCGCGUGAAGGAGACGGCGGAGGAUGUGGCCGCCAACGCGGCCGCUGCGCCCCCGGCGGCGCCUGGCGGGCCGAGAGCCGAGGACGCGAGUGAGUUCAUUCAGAAGGACGUGUCAGCGGAGGACCAGGCGAAUCUGCAGUACCAGAAGCUGCUGAACGAAGACUACAACGUGGCGGAGGAGCACCACCCUGGCAAACCGUCCGGCGACCAGCAGAAGACAGUGCGCACAGUGUCGUUCAAGAUCCGAAAGACGAUGGUGGAGCAGGUGAAGCGCGCGUGUCUGGAUCUCGACUACCCGCUCAUGGAGGAGUACGACUUCCGCAAUGACAAGACAAUCCCGGAUCUGGAGAUGGAUCUUAAGCCCACGACGCGCAUCCGAGAGUACCAGGAGAAGUCGCUAAGCAAGAUGUUCGGUAAUGGCCGUGCUCGAUCGGGGAUUAUUGUGCUGCCCUGCGGUGCAGGCAAAACGCUGACGGGCGUCACGGCAGCUUCCACCAUCAAGAAGUCGUGCUUGUGUCUGUGCACGUCUGCUGUGUCAGUGGAGCAGUGGACCGCGCAGUUCAAAAUGUGGACGAACAUCCCAGAGAAGAAGAUUGCCCGCUUUACGUCGGUGGCCAAGGAUUACAUCGACCCCGACUCUGGUGUCAUUGUGACAACCUACACAAUGGUAGCGUUCGGUGGGCGCCGCGCUCGCGCCUCAGAGGAGGUCAUGCAGCUCAUUCAAGGUCGCGAGUGGGGGUGCAUCCUUCUGGACGAGGUGCACGUCGUGCCUGCAAAGAUGUUCCGCAAAGUCAUCGGCUCGAUUGCUUGCCACUGCAAGCUGGGUCUAACAGCGACGCUUGUGCGCGAGGACGACUUGAUCGGCGACCUGAACUUCCUCAUUGGUCCGAAGCUGUAUGAAGCCAACUGGAUGGAUCUGACCCAGAGCGGAUUCUUGGCCAAUGUGUCGUGCGUGGAGGUGUGGUGCCCCAUGACCGGCGAGUUCUACCGAGAAUAUCUCCGCGAGACCAAGAGCGCCCGUAAGCGCGCACUUCUGUACGUGGCGAACCCGAACAAGUUCACUGCCGCGGAGUUCCUCAUCCAGUAUCAUGAGGAGCGAGGCGACAAGAUUCUGCUCUUCUCGGACGACGUAUUUGCCCUGCGGCUGUACGCGACCAAGCUGAACAAGGGUUACAUCUACGGCGGCACAGGAGAGCGCGAGCGCAUGCGCCUGCUGCAGUCCUUCCGGAGCUCACCUUUGGUGAACGUCAUUUGCAUCUCCAAGGUCGGCGACACAUCUAUCGACCUGCCGGAGGCCAACGUGAUCAUCCAAGUGUCUUCCCACUUCGGCUCGCGUCGACAGGAGGCGCAGCGCCUCGGACGUAUUCUGCGCCCCAAGGCGAACGCCACGGGCGGCUUCAACGCCUUCUUCUACACGCUCAUUUCGACGGACACGCACGAAAUGUUCUACUCGAACAAACGCCAGCAGUACCUCGUGGACCAGGGCUACACGUUCAAGGUGGUGACGGACCUCUUCGAGCCCGGGUCGUUCCAGGGCGUGUUCACGCGGAAGGAGGACCAGCGCGCGCUGCUGAACGAGGUGCUCAGCGCCGACGUGGAGAGUGCCGCCAAGGACGAGAACGCCGCCAUCCGCGACGACGAAGACCUGUCGCGUCUCGAGCUCUCGGGCCACGGCCGCAAGAAGAAGAAGCUGGCGUCGCUCGGGGCGCUCUCCGGCGCGGACGGCACCAAGUACAUGGAGUACUCGGCCGGCCACGGCGCGAAGCAGCGCCACAACCUAUUCCGCGACCGGUAUCGCUAGGCGAGCCGCACAAGUGCAAGCGCGCGCUGCGUCCUGGCAACUUUCGCUGCAAUAAUAAAUGGAUCGUUCAUACUUC